AUGUACGCGUUAACGUUGCUGGUGAUACUUGCUUGCUCCACGCUCCAUGCUGAUUCCACACCAAUUUCAAGCGAUUAUCGGGAAAGAAUCGGCCCGGAGUCAGCAGGAUCCUCGAGCUCGCCAGAAUCCAGGAUUAUCGGUGGAGAGAAAGCCACCAUAGAGAAAUAUCCAUUUGCGGUCUCGUUGCAGAACAAUGGUACGUUUUUCGGCCACGAAGUCGAGCAUUUCUGCGGCGGCAGUAUAGUCGGGGAAAAGUGGAUAAUAACGUCAGCGCAGUGCGCUCUCAGGAUACGCGUGAAGAGCUUUCACGUGAGGGCUGGCACCGCCAGUUAUUACAAGAACGGUGACGUUUACGCUGUUAAAAACGUUCUCAGCCAUCCCGCCUUCAGCGAAUAUAAUUACGAUUACAACGUCGGCAUCGUUGAGCUGUCCGAAAACAUCAGAUACGACAACACUAAGCAACCGAUUAGGCUACCAAAGUUCCAUUCAACGAUCAGUGACGGUUCCCGUGUCCAAGUCCUCGGUUGGGGAGCGCCCGUGUUACUAGGUCCCAUCUCGGAUGAACUAUUAUGCAGCACGAUGCAGAAAAUUAAUAACAACGACUGCCAGGAAGCUAGCGAGGGCGACUUAUUAACGAACACGAUGUUUUGCGCUUUCUCGAACACUGUUAGCGCCUGCGUCGGGGAUUCAGGCUCGCCUCUCGUUUUUAACGGCACGUUGUUCGGCGUAGCAUCGUGGAGUCGAUCCUGUCAGUCGAUGUAUCCAACCGCUUACACAGCUAUAUCCGAAGUGAGAGACUGGAUCACCGAAAUUACUGGUAUAGCUUGAUCAUCCGAGCACCACGAUACGAAC